UACAGGGUUGUGGUGGGUACAUGUGGAACUAUGGCUCCCGAAAAAUUGGCUAUUUUUGGAGUUGCAGCGUUGCUGCUAGCGACGGCGGUCCUGGCCAAGGGCAACAAGGACUGUAAAGGCCUUUUCUGCAAACACCGCGUCGAAUGUGACUUCAGGGGAGUCCGCUGCCAGGAUUGCCACACUCGUCUGAUCUGCACGCCUCGCGGCGGCAUCCUCAGCUCCUGCUGGUUACCUGGCCACCGGUACUGCUCUAAAGGUCGCUGCGUCAAGCACCCUAGCACAGAAUGUGCUACUGAACGACCAUCUACAAGCCCACCUACUAAUAGUAGUCCUGGUAAUCCUGCCACUUUAUACCCUGCAAGCACAACAGAAGGUUCAACCACAGAUAAGACUCCGUCUACAAUAGAUCCUGCAAGUACCACUGGAAAACAUACAACGACAGAUGAACUUACGUCUACCGAAGACCCAGCAGGUACUACUGAUGCAUCUAUAUCCACUACUGAAAGUGAAGACUCAUCUACCGCUGAAUCUUCGUCUACCUUGGAUCCUGCUAGUACUACUGAAGGUUCAACUACAAAUGAACCUACAUCCACUUUGAGCCCUGCAAGUACUACAGAGGCAGAUAACACUGAUGCUACAUAUACUACUGAAGACACGUCUGCCGAUCCUACCUUGGAUCCUCCAAGUACUACUGAAGAUACUACCUCUGAUGAAUCUACUUCUACCACAGACGAAUCUAAUUCUACUACAGAUCAGUCUUCUUCUACAACAGAAGGUUCAUCCACAACAGAUUCAAGUUCUACCGUAGAGCCAGAUUCUACCACAGAUGAAUCUACUUCUACCACUGAAGAAUCUUCUACAACUGAUUCAAGUUCUACCAUAGAGCCAGAUUCUAGCACAGAUGAAUCUACUUCUACCACUGAGGACCCUUCUACAACUGAUUCAAGUUCUACCAUAGAGUCAGAUUCUAGCACAGAUGAAUCUACUUCUGCCACUGAAGAAUCUUCUACAACUGAUUCAAGUUCUACCAUAGAGCCAGAUUCUGCUACCGACGAAUCCAUUUCCACUACGGAAGCAGGUACUUCUACCACUGAAGACUCUUCUACAACUGAUCCUAGUUCUACCAUAGAACCAGAUACUGCCACAGACGAAUCUACUUCUACCACUGAAGAAUCUUUAACGACUGAUUCAAGUUCUACCGUAGAGCCAGAUUCUACUACAGACGAAUCCUCUUCUACCACGGAUGAAGGUUCGUCGACUACUGAAGAAGAUGAUACUACAGAGCCAACUUCUACGAUAGAAACUGAUUCUGCGACAGAUGAAUCUACUUCUACCACUGAAGAUUCACCUACUACUGAAGAAGAUAGUUCUACCACAGAGCCUGCUUCUACGAUAGAAACUGAAUCUGCCACAGAUGAAUCAACUUCUAGCACUGAAGGUUCGUCUACUACCGAAGAAAAUAGUUCUACCACAGAGCCAACUUCUACUAUAGAAACAGAUUCUGCUACAGAUGAAUCUACUUCUAGCACUGAAGGUUCGUCUACUAUCGAAGAAAAUAGUUCUACUACAGAACCAGUUUCUACUAUUGAAACUGAUUCUGCCACAGAUGAAUCUACUAUUACCACUGAAGAUUCAUCUACUACCGAAGAAGAUAGUUCUACCACAGAACCAGCUUCUACGCUAGAAAUAGAUUCUGCCAAAGAUGAACCAACUUCUAGCACUGAAGGUUCAUCUACUACCGAAGAAGAUAGUUCUACCACAGAGCCAACUUCUACCGUAGAAACCGAUUCCACCACAGAUGAAUCUACUACUACCACUGAAGAUUCAUCUUCUACCGAAGAAGAUAGUUCGACCACAGAAUCAGUUUCUACUAUUGAAACUGAUUCUGUCACAGAUGAAUCUACUACUACCACUGAAGAUUCAUCUACUACCGAAGAAGAUAGUUCUACCACAGAGCCAACUUCAACCAUAGACCCUGAUUCUACAACGGAAUCCACUGCCAGCGAAGAAUCUACCACGGAUGAAGGUUCUACUACGACUGAACAAUCUACCACGGAGGAACAAUCUACUACAGAGGAGGAAGAGUAA